UAACCCUCAGAAAGACAGAGACUUUGUCUUUGGUCGACUUCUCUCUUGAACUCGUGGUUUCUUCAUCUUUCAGCUUUUAGACUACUUUUUUUCUUAAGAAAAAACAAACAUUUUUUGCAGUAAACUUGCAUUUGCAAAAGGAAAUUUUUAGUAUUUUAUUAAUAUUCAUCACCGGUUUCUACUACAUCUCUUGUAUUGAAAGCAAAAAAGAAGUGUUAUUCUUGAUAAACCCAAUCCAAUCCAAUCUCUUCUUCUUCUUCUUCUUCUUCUUGUUCUGGUUUUCUGUGUUUCUUUCUCUUAGAAAUGAAGAGCCAAAAUCAAAACUUUCCGACUCCAUUCACCAAGCUGUUCAAUACCCAGAUUCAAUUCCUCAAUCUCCUCUCAUCUUCAAUCUUAUUCGCAUUUGGUAUAAGUUUUGGGAUUUUAAUCGGUUUCUAUCUCAAGGACAUCUUGUUCAGUUUACGAAUCACCCAAUUCUCUCUCUCUACAUCGUCAUUAGCACCAACUACACCAUCACCUACCAGUCGCAUAGGAUUGGAAGAUUAUCUAAAACCACCUAAUAUCACUCAUGACAUGGAAGAUGAGGAAUUGCUGUGGAGAGCUUCAAUGGCUCCGAGGAUUCGCGAAUACCCGUUCGAUCGGGUUCCUAAGGUUGCAUUCAUGUUCUUAACGAGGGGACCAGUUUUGAUGUCUCCCUUGUGGGAAAAGUUCUUCAAGGGGCAUGAAGGGAUGUACUCAAUUUACGUGCACUCAGAUCCAUCUUAUAAUGAAUCAGAACCAGAAAGUCCAGUGUUCCAUGGCAGGAGAAUUCCCAGUAAGGAAGUUCAAUGGGGAAAUGUGAACAUGAUCGAAGCAGAGCGUCGCCUUCUUGCGAAUGCUCUGCUAGACAUCUCAAACCAACGUUUUGUUCUUCUUUCAGAAACAUGUAUUCCCCUCUUCAACUUCUCCACCACCUAUUCAUACCUAAUUAACUCAACCCGAAACUUCGUGGGGUCCUACGAUAUGCCAGGACCUGUCGGUCGAGGCCGAUACAACCAACAUAUGAGUCCAGAGAUUACAAUUGAGCAAUGGAGAAAAGGUUCCCAAUGGUUCGAGAUGGACAGAGAUUUAGCCAUUGAAGUUGUCUCAGAUAAGAAAUACUUCCCCCUAUUCAAAAAGCAUUGCAAGAACAAUUGUUAUGCAGAUGAACAUUAUUUACCAACAUUUGUGAGUAUUAAAUUUGGGGAGAGGAACUCGAACAGGAGCUUGACUUGGGUUGAUUGGUCACAUGGUGGUCCUCACCCAGCUAAGUUUAUUAGAACUCAAGUGACAAAAGAGUUUCUGGAGAGGAUGAGAAGUGGGAGUAGAUGUGAAUAUAAUGGUAAUCCCAACACCAACAUUUGUUUCUUGUUUGCUAGGAAAUUCUUGCCUCAUGCAUUAGACAGGCUGUUGAGAUUUGCACCAAAAGUGAUGCAAUUCGGGGAAUAGAGUUUGGGGGGUUGACAUGUAAGUAUUCUUCAUUCUUCUGUAAUAAUUUUUGGGUACAAAAGAGAGCCCUUUAUGAUUUUCAGUGUUUUUUUUUUAUUCUUUGUAGUCUCUUUUUUGGGCAAGACGUGUAUUUUUCAAACAAAACCAAGAAAAAUAAGCCAAACUCUUUCUU